AUGGCUGACCAUCUACACACCGCCGCGAUCGACGGUCGUUCUAGCACUGACAAUGGACACACGGAGCCUGUCCAUGAGCAGGACAGAGCCGACGCCGACGAGAAGCGGGUAGAACAUGCGCAAGAAAACCCCUUCUUGGUCACGUUUGCAGCCCACGACAGAGACGACCCGCGGAACCUGUCCACGAUGCACAAGUGGCUCAUCACGGCUUUUUCAGGCUUCCUUUGCUUCGCCGUGGCCUUUGGCUCCUCAAUGCCCACCGGCGACCUUCCUGGAGCCGCCGACUCACUCCAUGUGGGCAGUGUCGCCAUCAAUCUGAGCAUCACGCUGUUUGUCGUCGGCUUCGGCGUGGGCCCGAUGGUCUUCGCCCCGCUUUCCGAGCUCAUCGGGCGCUGGCCGGUCUACUGCAUUGCGACUCUGCUCUAUUUUCUCUUUACGCUCCCCUGCGCCUUGGCCGACAAUCUGGCGACCCUGCUGGCCGCCCGCACAAUCGCCGGCAUUGCCGCCAGCGCGCCCAUGACCAACGUCGGCGGUACGCUCAGCGACAUCUGGGCGCCCCACGAGAAAGGCCUGCCGCUGGCCAUCUUUUCCGCGCUCAUUUUCGUUGGACCCGUCCUGGGUCCCGUGGUCGGUGGCUGGAUUGCCGUCGGCGUGGGCGAGGACGAUGGAUGGCGCGUCAUAUACUGGACUCUCUUUGCGCUUUGCGGCGUGGCGUUUGCCAUGACCCUGUUCACGCGCGAGACCUUGGCAUCGACGAUCCUGGCCAAGCGUGCCGCUAAACUGCGAAAACAGACGGGCGAUCAGCGCUUCACGAGCGGCCCUCGGCCGAGCCUGGGCCAGAUGGUCACCUCCUCGCUGACCCGGCCCUUCCAGAUGCUCUUCACCGAGCCCAUCCUCAUCUUCUUCUCCGCCUACCUCUCGCUCGUCUACAGCCUCCUCUAUCUCACCUUUUUUGCCUUUCCGAUUGUCUUUCAGGGUUUGCACGGCUUCAACGCGGGUGAGACUGGGCUCACCUUCCUCUCGCUCCUCGUCGGCAUCUGUCUGGCUAUGCUCUAUGUCUGGUUCGUGCAGGAGCGCAUGUACCACCGGCGGAGGAACGCGCGCGGAUCGGCGCUGCCCGAGGACCGGCUGCCGCUCAUGUUUGUCGGGAGCGUACUGCUGCCCGUGUCGCUGUUCAUCUUUGCUUGGACCUCGCUCAAGAGCGUGCACUGGAGCGGACCGCUCGUUGCUGGCAUUCCAUUAGGCUUCAGCUUCGUGGCCAUCUACAUCUCGGCCAAUAGCUAUAUCGUCGAUUGCUACCCCUCUGUCGCCGCCUCGGCCCUGGCGGCCAAGACGCUGGCCCGGUCGCUGUGCGGCGCCGCUGUGCCCCUGUACGUCGAGCAGAUGUACAAGGCCAUGCAUCCCCAGUGGGCCAGCACGCUGCUCGCGCUUGUCUCGCUUGCGAUGGUUCCCAUCCCCUUUUUCUUCUACCGCUACGGACCGCUUUACCGCCGUCGCUCUGCGCUGGCCGAGAGCAGCGAUGUCGUCGACAAGCUGGAUCCGUAG